AUGGAGGGAUACGACUGGUGUCUUGAUGGCAACGACGAGCAGGAGGCGUUCUAUUUCGACAUGGACGGGCAGCUUGACAUGCCGAGCAACCCCCGCGAGCACCUUGAUCAGAUCCACUCCCUCGCCGUGCAGAACUACAUCCACACACACUUGCAGCGACGCUGGUGGCAGAAAGUUUGCUCCAGCCCUGAGAUCGGGGGGUUCAGGCAAGGAAGGUGGCACCUGAUACACCCCGACUCUUAUUUCUCCAUCCUCGCCUUUGUGGUUCGACGGCUGGUCCUGGCGUAUACUAUGAUCGCAACUCCUCUGAUGGUUGCCUUCUACUGGAAGCUCGAAGGAUGCAGCAACUACCCGACUAUCCAAGCCGAUGUGUUUUGCGACGCAUUUUUUCUUGUGGACAUCGUCCUGCACUGCUUCACAGGAAGGAAUCAGGUGCUGGACUCUUGGAACCCGAUACCUCAGAACGUCUUGUCGCUCCUCCGAUACUUCCUCUGGUUUACGUUUCUAGUCCAUAUCACUGCCUGUAUUACCUGGGUCAUCAAACUGGUUUCAACACCUGAGGAGGAAGUUGAAGACUUCUUGAAGAGAUGGAUCUGCAACAACAAUCAUCGAUGCGGCUCGUCGAUCGGUUACGUUCCUUGCCCUUCGUGCGACGAUCAGUUCUCUCUGUGGCACAGAUAUGUUCUUAUCAUCUACUUUGUCAACACAAUCUUCACCAGCGUCGGUUUUGGCGAUCUCAGCCCCCGCAACAGCGAUGAAAGGUUGUUCACUAUCGUCACACUCUACACUGGAACCAUCAUGUUUGCAACUAUCCUGUCAGAGGUUGAAAACAUCAUCGACUAUCUCCGAGAGUUCAGCAGGAGGCAUGCAUACCGCCUGCAGGAAGGUGACCCGAACUUGUAA